CGCCGAGUGUCAGUCUCCGCGCCGCCGCCUGCGGUCUCCGCUCCCGCGCGCGCCCCCCGCCGCCGCCCCGAUGGCGCACUCGGCUUCCCCCGGCGCCCCGGAGCCCGGCUGCCCCGUCCGCGUGGAGCACGACCGCCGGCGCCGCCAGUUCUCCGUGCGCCUCAACGGCUGCCACGACCGUGCCAUCCUGCUCUACGAGUACGUGGGCAAGCGGACGGUGGACCUGCAGCACACGGAGGUCCCCGACGCCUACCGGGGGCGCGGCAUCGCCAAGCAUCUCGCCAAGGCUGCGCUGGACUUCGUGGUGGAGGAGGAUCUGAAAGCCCAUCUCACGUGCUGGUACAUCCAGAAGUACGUCAAGGAGAACCCCCUGCCCCAGUACCUGGAGCGUCUGCAGCCGUGACCCCGGCCCCAGGGCGGAACCACUCCCUUCCGGACCUUCCUGCCGGCCCCGCCCGCCGGCCGUCUGCUCUCAGGAAACCCUGUCCCCGUCGGGAACACACUCAGUUACUUUGUUAAGGACACGUCCCUGUAGCCCCAUCUCCAGACCCAGCGGCGUCUGGUUUGCCGCAUCUGGACCUGCCCUGCCUCGGGGGUCGGGAGUCACCUGCGGAGGCUGGGAUGGGGGGAGGCAGCCCCCGCCCCGUCCUGCUCGCUCCAGAGCCUGUCCCCGUGUGCCCCCCAUCCCCUGUCCCCCCGUUCCCCUGUCCUCCAGCCUCCACCUGCAGGAGGAGGUGGAACACGGCCCCUGGUCGGGCCCCUGCGAGGGGCAGCGGGCGGGACGUGGGGGCUGAGCCAUGCUGCCCCGAGAGGGCCGGGAGCGAGCACAGGAGGACGGGCAGGCCGAGGGGGCCGGGGGCUAGUGACCCAGCUCGGGAGGGGGCUAGUGACCCUGACCGGCCGCGCGAGGGGGGCCUGGGGCCAGGACACCUCUCUGGCGGGUCCAGUCGCCAUCUGCUGACCCCUGCCCUGGGCUCCCUGAGGGGCCAGGACGUCCGCCUGGGGACCCCGCGGCUGAGCCCUUCCCGCCCGUGAGGAAGGCGGUUCCCGAAGCCAAGAGGAGCGGAGAGAAGUCCGGGUGCCGGGGGCGCCGGCCGCCUUCCGUCUCGCAGGCUCUGCCCUGGCGCGGGGCGGACCCCGGAGCGGUGGGCUGAGCGCGGCCGGGACCCCGCGGUGCCCACCCUUGCGGGUGCAUCGCGCAUCGGUGGGGGCUGGCUGGGGAGCGGCGGGGGUCUCCCUCCGCACCCACUCCCCUCUGCGCUCGCAUCUGCGGGCCCCGCGGGAAUCCCCACUCCCAUCCUGCCCGCCCAUCUGCCCUCCUCCCCCGGCCAGGGCUGCGCGGGGGCUUCGCUGCUGCUGCCGCCGGGGGAGGGAGCGAGGGAGGGAGGCCAAGCACCCCCCGGACCCUGCUCGUCCCCAAAGGGGCGGCCGCGUCUGCGCCAUCCGAGGCUCCCCCGCCCUGCGCGCCUUCCCCUUUGCCUGCUCCCGACGCGCCCCAGACGCACCCCUCAGGUCCAGCCUGGGAGCCGCACCCGGGCUCCCCCGGGCACUUUCUGGGGGUCCCGGUCUCCUGUCCUCGGCUCCCACAACGGCCACGUCCAUUCCUGCCCGCAGUGGGAGGGGAGGGGCAGCCAGCAGCCAGGGUCUCUUUGGGGCUGGGGUCCCUCCGGGCGUCUGGGCAGGAGCCCCGGCCACGCCCCCUCUGUCGGACGACCCCGCCUUGGCGCCCAGGAGUCCCUCUCCUCCCCUUCCUCGCGGUGGAGGGACACCCCCGCCCUCGAGCCCACCUCCCCACGCUGGCUGCAUGGAGCCUGGCAGUGCCCUCCGGGGCCCCCGUCCUAGCCCUGUCGCCAGCCCCCUGCCAGCGGCCCCCUCAGCAGAGUCCACAGGACUGGGGGUGCCCCGGCCUGGCACGCUGAGGCAAAUGAGGUGGAAGGUCCUGGAGUGGACGAUGGGCCAGCUGGGGUCUGAGCCUCCCCCUCCCUCUGCUGUCGCCGGGGCAGACAGGCGGGGGUCCCUUUCCCUGCCCUCUCCAGGACCCCCCCCCCCCCCCCCGCAGCCGCACACAUCCCUCCCCAAGGUCAAGGGCAGCCUGCCUGGAGAAGUGUUCUCUCCCCGGUAGCCCGGUGACUGCGCUACUCUGUGUCCUCGGCCGCCAGCCGGGCAGUGCCGGCCUUCGGGGGGCCCUGGCCUCGGUGUCCACCCUGGCCCGGCCGCGGGAGGCCGGUGGUGCAGCGCGGGAGCCCCUUCCCCCCUCAGCCUGAGCCUGAGCUCCCCGGCGCUGUGUCCCCAGAGCGAAUGGCCAGCCCAGCACACACGACACUGAGUACUUGAACCAGGACACGCAUGGGCGCUGGAAGCCUUGGGUGGGCCCGGGCCCCUCACCACGGGCUGCCUUAAAGCACCACUGCCCCCGCCAGCAGGGGGUCUCCACAGAGCCUCACUCAGCAGCAAUAGCCACAUCCCGGAGUGGGGUUCAGGGUCUGCCCCACCCAGGCUCCCCUGGCCCACACCCCCGUUCCGGCCACGGCCGCUUCUCCCCACUGGUGCUGACCCAUCUGUUUUGUAUCCCAGGACGGCCCCCGCCUGCCAGGCUCCCUGGGCGCAGGUGGCAGGGCACGAGGGGGUCAUUUCACAGGCCACGGAGAGGGGACCAGCGGGGGCGUCAGGGAGAACGGGGGCCCCACACCAGGCUCCCCAGGGAUCUCCCUGCAGCCUUGUGCCCUCUUGCCACGUCUCACUCUGGGUCUCUCUCUGCCCCGUCAAGGGUGGAGACUCAUGUGCCUUCCCCACUCAGGGCCCGUUUCGGGGGUGCUGGGCCAAGGCCGGUCUCAGACCUGCUGCCGUGUUGUCUAAGUUCAGGAACCUGCUGCCUGGAGGACGCUCAAUAAAAGCUGUGGCCUGA